AUGGUGUCUACAUCCGUGAAUUCCAUCAGCGAAGGUUUUCUUUUUGCUCGAUUGUUAGCAUCGGGCGCAGAUGGUGCAUGUUUAUUUGAAUCCGUACGAAAACUUAUAAGUGAAGACUCGGAUGUACAAACGUACCGUAAUAUAUGUUCUGAAAAGAUUAAACAAAUAUAUUUACCAACGGACAUAAUUAAUGGUGAACCACGUGAUGAAUACUGUGAAAGAAUUAAAGAAAAAGGAUAUUGCGGUGGUGCGGUAGAUCUGCGUGCAUUAUCGCUACAUUUUCAAAUUGAUUUUCAUGUAAUUAUAAUGCAAAACGGCAAGAUUACGGGUCCACCAGUUCCAUUUGGCGACAAUCCAUCCAAUUUUGCUUAUUUAUUAUACGAUUGUGAUAAUUCUCAUUACUAUUCAGUAAUUCUAUUUACAGCUGAUAUGAGUACGCGUCAAGAAAGAUUUUCAAGAUCGCAUUCUGAGUUUAUUAAAAAUCUAUUACAAACCACAUUUCUCAACAAAAUUGAUUCUACAAAUGCUUUAAAUGAUGCAAUACAAAAUAAUUUAUACGCUUAUGAUCCCUAUCCAAUUGAAUAUUUAUCAUCUUAUAUACCGUCAGCAGCCCCUCAAACUGAUUCCGCUUUGAAUGAGCUUAUUAAACUUGCAGUUAGCCCAAUCGACGUAAACACUUCAACAGAUGAACGCCAAAGGAUACUCGAGGCUAAGUUGUGUUCUUUAUAUGAAAUACUAGGACACGGAAAUUUAGUUGCAAAUUAUACAAAUCCGACUGAUGAAAGAAAAUUUUCCGAUCUGAUGGAAGAACAACUACUUGCAUGCACUGAGCAUAUAGUCAUACAACCGGCUGAAGUACAUACAACUCUAUCAUUACAAACCACCGAACCACAUGCGACAACAUCGGCUAUAGGAACCGUUCAAAUGCCGGAUCCGGUGAUUAUAGAUCAGCCAAAUCGUUAUCAACGGAUACGUUACAUUGGUGAACUUGGCCUAGAAGGUUCAACCGAUACCGGUUCGUUUCAAUGUGUUCAAUCUGGACCACAUGAGCGAGGUUAUCCGGCAACAGCAAUUACACCCGAGAUGGAAGGACUCUAUAUGGAGGUUGCUCUGUACACUCAUAAUGAAAAGCCACAUCCAUUUCCACUGAUUCCUGAGGAUUGCAAAAGAGAUGGCGAGGAUAAUUUAGUUAUACAUGAGAACCCAAACGUCAAAGCCAAUCUAACAGCACAGUUAUUACAUUAUCCGAUAACGGCCAAGGAUUGUUUAGACAAAUGCAAGCGGUAUGCUAUGAAAAUACCAAAACUAAAAUUUCGAAAACCAUUACUUACCAAAAAAAUGAUGAAAGAUGAAAAAUUGAAAUUAGCAAAACUAAAAUUUACCAUUUGUAAAGAACUUAAUGGUAAUUUUACACCGAUGUCAACGCCGUCAUUCAGUAAUUUAAUGGAAUUUGUACUCGUUGCAUUACCAACGAUGAGUACUAAAGUUAGUACUAAUGGUUUAGCAUCUGCACUAUGGUAG